GCUAUAAUCAGUUUCGUAUGUCUUACGUACGCUUCACAUUGUAAUUGCCUGUUAACGGUUGUUGAGCGGUCCGCCCUCAUCAUUUUAACGUUAAACGAUUGAAGUAUAAAUUAAGUACCUUCUCUUAAUAUGAACACAGGCAGUUGUGCUUUCUGCGGUUUAGUGUAUACCAAAAAUAGGCCAUAUGGACAAAACGUGCAGAACAAGAUGUGGAUAAUUCUGUAGCUGCAAUAUGAUAUGCUUGUUUAUUAUUAAUGUUCUCAUCAAUGUGUUUGACUUAAGUGAAAGCUUGCCUUAAUAAUAUAACGGAUUUUGGAAUACCGUUAUGGAAUAUGUAUACAUAUAUACAUACUAACACUGUUUAAAUAUCUAUAAUGACUAAUUGUUCCAACGAAUACCCUUCAACAGAUGUGUACUAUCCAGAUGUGUCUUCUGACAUUGUACUUGUUAUUGGUCUCUGCAUUGGAAGUAUGCUUAUGGUGAUAUGCCUGGCGAUAUUCGUCGAGGAAAUCGUAUUUAUUCGAAAACAUUACUAUGACAACGUCUCGACUGGACGAAUGAUGUUGGUUCUUCUGGGACUAUUUCCGGUAAUAUGCACGACUCGAAUGGUCUCAGUUUUUGUUCCAACUAGCAACGUGCUUAUGAAUCUUCUGUCUUCGUGCUAUAUUGCAGUGUGUAUCUACGCUUACAUUUCGAUGACCAUCAGUUUGUUUGGCGGAAGAGAGAUGAUGAUAAGCAUUCUGGCUAAAUGCAAGAUCAGCAUCGUCCCAAAGUUAUGCUACCGCGGCCUUCGUUGUUUAUUUAAACCAAUUAACAUGACAAAGAAAUCUUUCCGCACGUUCGAGCUCCUUGCGAUGCAGUUUAUGUUUGUCCGCCCCUUCCUACUCUUGAUCGAAGCUGUAUUCAGGACGGACAAACGCACCGAAACAGCAAAGGACUUCAAGAAUCCCACCAUAUACAUCUCACUUCUGUCUGCCAUUAGCACGAUUACGUCCAAGUAUGCCCUAAGCGUUAUCUUCAGAGCCUCGCUGUUACACUUGUCUCACUUCUGCAUUGUCCUCAAGUUCGUACCUUUUAUAUCGGUCAUUAUUCUCGACGUCUUGCAGAACUUGGUGUUCAACAUUCUAGCGGAACUCGAUAUCCCCGCGUGCCUUAACUCGUUUGGUCCAAGACUAAGGGCAAGCAAUUUCAACAAUUUACUGCUGGUGUUGGAAAGCUUUAUACUGUGCUUGAUAGCUCAUAGAGGCUACCGCAUUGUGCCAACCAAACACAUACUCGACCCAGGAACAACAGAAAACGAACCAAAUGAGUUAUACCAUGAUACUAACAUGGCUGCAACUUAUUUAUGAUUAUUUAAAGAAAAAUAAAACAGUUUAAUGGGGUCAAAUGA